UCCAGCCCACUCAGAGCUUCUUCACUCUCCCUUUACAAACAUGGCGGCGCACACAGCGCGAGGAAUACCUUUAAGCGCAGUUAGUCCACGUUAUCUGCAUACAAACUCUACGAGCCACACUGGGCCCUUCAGUGCUAUUGCAGAACUGAUCGACAAUGCAUAUGACCCAGAUGUCAGUGCAAAACAAUUCUGGAUUGAUAAAACGGUAGUCAAAGGCCUGGACUGCCUCACCUUCAUGGACAAUGGGAAUGGCAUGGACUAUGACAAGAUGCACAAAAUGCUCAGUUUUGGCUUCAGCGAUAAGCAGCCAGUAAAAGGCCAUGUCCCAGUGGGUUUUUAUGGUAAUGGUUUUAAGUCCGGCUCCAUGCGCUUGGGGAAGGAUGCCAUCGUGUUCUCAAAGAAUGCCGACACCAUGUGUGUGGGUCUCCUGUCACAGACUUACCUCGAGAAGACAGAAGCACAGAAUGUUAUAGUGCCUAUUGUCGUGUGCAGCAACACUGGACAGACUCUCAGUGUUGCACAGGAGUAUAAGGAGUGUCUUCAUGAUAUCCUGACCCAUUCUUUGUUCAACACCAAAGAAGAACUGCUGUCUGAAUUCGGUGCCAUUAAUGGCCCAUAUGGCACCAACUCCACUGGAACUCGCAUCAUCAUCUGGAACCUACGCAAAACGUCCUCAAAUGAAUUGGAAUUUGACUUCACGAAGGAUCGCUAUGAUAUUCGGAUCCCUAUUGACACUAAUGAGAACACUGGAGAGCCAAAUAAUGGGUCAGACCAUAGAAUGCCAGUACCUGGGAGUGAAUAUUCACUGCGGGCAUACAGCAGUAUCUUGUACCUAAAGCCUCGAAUGCAAAUUAUUAUUCGAGGGCAGAAGGUGAAAACUGAGCUCGUCUCCAAAAGCCUAGCACACGUCAUCAAGGACACAUACAAACCCACAUUUCUUAAUAAAGGGAUUAAAAUCAUCUUUGGCUACAACACAAAAAGCAAAGAGCACUGCGGAUUGAUGAUGUACCACAAAAACCGCCUCAUCAAGCCCUACGAACGUGUCGCCUGUCAGCGCAAGGCAAACAGCACAGGAGUGGGAGUUAUUGGGGUGAUAGAAUGUAACUACCUCACUCCAAUGCACAAUAAACAGGACUUUGAAAAUACAGAAGAGUACAGGAAAACCAUACAAAGUGUAAGUGUUAAGCUUGAGGAAUAUUGGAAGGAAAUCCGCCAUAGACGUCAGAAAAACUUAAAUUGCAGUGUACCUGUUGAAGAUGUUGUGAAGCGACCAGAUCAAAACUGGGUGCAGUGUGAUGAAUGUCUGAAGUGGCGGAAACUUCCUGAUGGCAUUGAUACGACGUUGCUUCCUGAGAAGUGGUUUUGUCGCAUGAACCCUGACCCUCAGUUUAGGAAUUGUACAGUUGAAGAAGAGCCUGAGGAUUCGGAUGAGGAGCAACCCAGAUACCAGAAAACCUACAAACAGCAUGAGAGAAAUCAGAAGUUGCAGAUGGAGAAGACCAGACAACAGAUGGUGCAGGAGAAGAAUGAUACAGGGAAGGAGCGGAUGAUCUUGGCUCUGGCUAAAGAAAAUGCUAAUCUCUUAAAGAAACAAAAGGACCUUCUUCGCCAGAUCAAUCUUGGGAGCCCCUCCCAAGGAAUGCCCAGCCCCUCUCUCAAUUCCCAUCCCCCUAUAUGUGCAGGCUCGAGAUCUCCUGAUAACAUUCCAAUUAUCACCCAUGUUGCCUCUCUCUCUACUGUGACAGCAAGGACGAAGAGAGCCCUGGGCCCAAGCCAAGAGAACGGACAGAUAAAGAGAGCCAGAAGAGACAGUUUUGACUGCAACACACCAGGCAGUCCAUCAACAUCCACAGCCUCACCCGAGCUCUGUUCCUCACAAACCAUCAUCAAUCUUGAUGGUGGUAGUGAUGAUCGUGCAAGAUGGAAAAAUAAUGCAACAGCAACAAAGGAGGAGGAUGAUGACCUUAUGAUCAUUGAAGUCAUCAGCUCACCUAGGCCAACAGCAGGAACUAAGGUCAAGUUAGAGCGAAUGGUGAGUGAGGAGGAGUUAGGAAAAAAAGUGGACCAUGGAGAUAGUGAUACUGUUGUGUCAGCAGCUUCACCCCCUGUGUCCUCCAGGGCUGUCAGCAUCGCAACUCAGACUCUACAAAGCCCAGCUGUGAAACGGGAAGAAGGGGAUUCAGAACAGAAGAAAAAAGAAGAAUGGAGCAAAGAUAGAGAAAGCAAUAGCAACCAUUUUGAAUCAGAAUAUGAUGGCCCUCCAGUGGAGAGGAAUACAAACAACCAACUGAGGUCCAUCAACGAGAAAACAAGAGCCCAACAGACGAGUGUACCAAGCCUUGAGGAAGAAAACCAAGAAAGAAACGAGGCUAAAAGUGCAUUAAAGUUGGAAGAAGAGCUAAGCCAUAGGGAUGAAAUAAGCCCAGGUAGUCAGACUUCAGCAAAACUGCAAAACUCGGUCCUUGAUGUGUUGGAGGCCCAGCAGCAGCAGGACGCACUGCUGGAACUCAUGGAAGUGGCGGCAAAGGAACGAGACGAGAGCCACGCUCAGCUGCUUCUCCUCAGCUCACAAGUGGAAGAGCUGAGGAGCCAAUUGCUGGAGCUCAGACAAAACACGCUGAAGAAGGAGCAGAGCCACCAGAGCACACAGACCAACCCAGAGGAGGUACAAGACUACAAAGUGUUGUACUUGCAGGGCAAAGAGGAGAUAAAGCAGCUCCAAGAUGAGCUCAGUGAGCUGAGAACGGGGAUAGCACAAACGGAGAGAAAAGGCCAGGAAGCUUCAUUAGAGAGUGAUGAUGAGCUGGCUUGUCAGAUUGACUACCUGCUAAGGGAACUGGAUCAGAGAAACAAGGAACGAGAAGAGCUGAAGGAUAAGGUGGACAGUCUAGAAAAUGAGAAGUGCGGUUUGUUGACCCGCUAUGAGAACCUGCAGAAAGAUUUAGAAGAGAGAAAGGGAGAAAGCGAAAAGGUCAACGCAAGUGCAGAAGAUCAAGGGCUCCAGACAGGUUUUCCUAUUUCCUCUCAUGAAGAAAGGGCAGCAACUUCAGCAGAAGCCUCCAACUCAGGAACAGGAAGAAACUUUGGUACACAGCAGCAUGAGACACAGGACCGACCAGAGAUCGGACAAGAAAACAAGAACAUCCAAUUAAGAGAACUCCGACAAAGAGUAGCUCGUCUCCUUGUCACCUUCGUUCCUGCGCUGGACCUUCAGCAGGUGAACUACGAUUGCGAAGUCAUCGAUGAGAUUCUCACUCAGGUUAUUGAUGAAAUCUCCCCUACAGAGGCAACCUCUACGUAGAAACAUUGCCGACCAGAAGAACACGAUCUUUUAAAGCACAUUAAUCAUUUGGUUGGUUAAUGCAUAAACUACAAGCGCUAGAGCUUUUUACAUCUUUAAAUUUUACUUGAUAAGAUAUGAAAGUUUUUGUUUGCAUUGUGUUUGGAUAAAUAUAUUGGAAGUGACUUGUCACUUUGACUACUGCCUGAAGAACGUUGGAAGUUGAUUGGGACCCAAGUUUACCAUUUAAUUUUUUAUUCCCCCCCACUCGUGUUAAAUGGCCAUGUGAAAAUCGGGUUAUCCAAUCACUGAGCACCCGGUUCACUGCUGCUGGUCAGGCUUGGAUCAUGCGUGUUGAAAUGACUUAACUUGACUCAAGUAUUAAAGCUGUAUUUUAGGACUACCCAGAGUAUGCUUGUAUUGAUGGAGGGCUUCAUGGACGAUGCCAUCACUUUGUCUUUCAUUUUUUUGUAAACGGAUGUAGAGGUGUGUGAAUGAAGUUACUGAAAUUUUAGUUCAUUAAAGUCCAUCUUCAUGCAUUAUAUGAAGAUAAGUUAAAUAGUGUCACAUUUUGUUAGUUAAUGCGAUUUGUCUGUAUCCCUUGUUAUUUUCAAGUAGUUGGGAGCAUCAUCUAUUUUUCAGUUUCAUACAAAUUAGUUGUCUGGGUGAAAGUUGCCAAAAUCUGGCUGGAGUUUGCCGUUGAAACAGCUCUGUGAAUCAUUAUUUACUCUUAUCAUUAAUUUAUAAUAUUUUUGUGGUAGUUUGUUGUUCGCGAUUGAUUUACAGUCAAAUUUAUAAAAAUGAUGAGACGAUGAUUCAAGAUUUUGACAAGGAUCGUCGAUUGAACAGUGAAUUUUGUUUAAAGAUUCCAAGUGUUAUGGAAGGUAUGGCCAUUUUUGGUUUGUGCUGAGUAUUUAAUUAGGUAAUUCAUAUUAAUUAAUUGGUGUCAUUUUAAUGGACUUUAAAUUAUUUGCCACCUCCUUUUUAUUUUAUUGAGCCAUGUCCAAAGAUUUGGAAGUUCUAACAUUUUAGAAGGGUUUCUUUCUGGGAAAGUGGCCACACUAUUUUUAUGAUUUCCUUUUUUAAAUGUAGAACAAUUGACCAAAAUGACCCAGAUUUUUCAACAUUCAAAGUGGCACAACUUUUGUUCAUAUGUAACAGAGCCAUUUUCAAAGGUACCAUUUAUGAUACACAUCAAGUUAAUGUUUUUUGUCACAUACCUCCUUUAAGGGAAGUGCUAAAUAAAUGUUACGUACAUUUAAUGUAAAAUUAACAAUUUAUCAUUAAUAUUAAACUAGCAUUAAUUAAAUACUUAGCCAAAAACUCUGUUUUUCAUAGCUCCUAAUAUUUCAUCCUAGAAAACAUUGACCAUCUUAGGUCAGUUAGGAUCACUAUUUUAAGAAUGUAAAAUGCCAGUGUAGUGUGAUUUAUUAUUUUUUUUUUAUUUGAGCUUUUAUUUCUUUCACUUUUCCAGUGGGUCAGAAGUUUACAUGUACUUUGUUAAUAUUUGGUAGCAUUACCUUUUAACUUUGGUCAAAUGUUUUGGGUAACAAUAAGUUCCUGGAAUUUUGGUGCAUUCCUCCAGACAGAAGUCAUGUAAACGAGUCCAGUUUUUUUAGGCAUCCUGAUUUGCACACGCUUUCCAGUUCUGCCCACAAAUUUUCUAUCGGAUUGAGAUCGUGGUUUUGUGAUGGUUACCUUGAUUUUUGACAUCCUUAAGCCAUUUUGCCACAACUGCAGAGGUAUGUUUGCGGCUGUUGUCCAUUUGGAAGAUCUAUUUACGACCAAGCUUUAACUUCCUGGCUGAUGCCUUGAGAUGUUGCUUCAAUAUAUCCACAUAAUUUUCCUUCCUCAUGGUGCCAUCUAUUUUGUGCACCAGUCCCUCCUGCAGUAAAGCGCACCCCCCCCCCCCCCCCCCCACACACAUUAUGCUGCCAACUCAUGCUUCAUAGUUUGGAUGGUUGUUCUUCGGCUUGCGUGCCUCACCUUUUUUCCUCCAAACAUAACAAUGGUCAUUAUGGCCAAACAGUUAAUUUUUUGUUUCAUCAGGCCAGAUGACAUUUCUCCAAAAAGUAAGAUCUUUGUCCCUGUGUGCACUUAUAAACUGCAGUCUGACUUUUUAUGAUGGUUUUGGAGUAGUUUCCUCCAGCAUUUUUACAGUUUUUUACAGGGUCUUUUCCUUUUUGCUCUGGAAUUGAUUUGUGCCAAAGUAUGUUCAUCUCCAGGAGAGGGAAUGUGCUUCCUCCUUGAGCGGUAUGACUGCUGUGUGGUCGCAUGAUGUUUACUUGUGUACUAUUACUUGUACAGAUGAACAUGGUACCUUCAGGCAUUGGGAAAUUGCUCGCAAGCAGGAACCAGACUUGUGGAGGUUCACAAUUCUUCUUCUGAGGUCUUGGCUGAUUUAUUUUGAUUUUCCCAUGAUCACAGGUACAUCUCCAAUUGACUCCAGUUAGUCUAUCUAAAACUAAUUGCCGAAAGGCCUGGCAUCAUUUUCUGGAAUUUAAGCUGUAGAAAGGCACAGUUAACUUAUGUCAAAUAUGUAAACUUUUGACUCGCUGGAAUAGACCCCUUCGCAUGUUUGUAAACAAACUGACCGUUGCCAGGAUGCGUGCGCAGCCUGGACUCAGAAACAAUGGCGCUGCCCAUAGACCGGCAUUAUGAGCUGUCAGAUUAUGCCAAACAAUUGUCAUUACAAGAUCGAGAAUGCUACAUAAAUAAGUUAACUCUAACAAGUGGACAUCGCCUACCGGAUCCGCAUUUAAUUAAAGAGUGGACGGAAGAUGUUAGUAAGUUCCCUGGUAUACAAUGGCCAGAUAUAUACUCGUACCUUAUUGACAAGACUUCAGUGUACACCCACGAAAAACUUCGUGCCCACAAGUCUUUAGACCAGUGGCGGCUGGUAGUCUUUCAAACAGGGGAGGCUGGUCGGUUAUGAUAUUUCCAGAUUUUAAAAGAAAAAACAUCAAUUUUGCCCAUACUCUUGCCUCUGAUCUGGCUGAUUGUUGGCAGCGUCACAAACUGUGAAAUAACAGGUUCUUUUGGCCCAUUAGCCUACUGUCCAAUAUACAUGAUGGUGGUGUUGGGGGGGGGGGUAUAUUUUAACAUUUUAUAUUUUAAAAUUGUGGCAUGUUGUUUAAAAAUUGAUCAUUAUUGAAAGCAGCUCUUUGUCAGGAACCUCAGCAGUAGAGCUGGGUGCCACACAUUUCAUUCAAUGACACUUUCCCUAUAUUUUACUUAUUUUGACUGAGAAAUGUUUUAUUGACAAUUUUAAUAACCCUUCACUUUUAAUCCAGGUCUGUAGUGUGAAAUGUUCUCGGCUGUGUUUUGUUUUGUAGAGUGAGGGCACACAAUUUUACCUUUCCAUCCUUGCUUUAAAAUUGUGAUUUUCAGCAUACACAAAUAAUGAUGGCACAAAAUCUGGACUGAGUCAAGCGAGACCUCUCCUACAAACAAAAUUGCAUGCAAAGCUAAGUUAACAUGCUAACAAUAUUCAUUACAUUGUGUAACUAUGACCCAGCUAAUCAGACAAACGUUACCAAAGUAUUUUGCUACAUCAAUAAACGAAGACUAGAAAGAAUAAAAAAAGAAAGAUUCAAUAAAUAGCCUGAUCUUACCUGUGAUGAAGUUGGCGCUGCAUUUUUGAUAGUGCUUUCAUCCCAGUCUACACGUUUGAUGGCUUGUAGUCAUAGACGUCGGCGAUUAUUUUUUAUUUUUUUUGGAAUGGGUGAGAUCCUGCUGGAAUUCUGAACAUUUUAACCCCAUCACUGCUACGAUUCUGACACCCAAAAACACAACAACUAGGCAUUUCUGAGUCUUUUUUGGGUCCAGGCUGCGCGCGCAAUUUCCUCUUGCGUAUGAAUGACGUUUACUGCGAAGGGGUCUAUUGUGAUAGUCAAUUAAAAGUGAAAUAAUCGGUCUGUAGACAAUUGUUGGAAAAAAUUUCUUAUGCCAUGCACAAAGUAGAUGUUCUUAAUGACUUGCCAAAACUAUAGUUUGCUAAUAUAAAAUCUGUGGGGUGGUUAAAAAGUUUUAAUGACUUCAGCUUAAGUGUAUAUAAACAUCUGACUUCAACUGUAUGAUUGUCAUUAUUCCUACAUGCUAGAUUACAAUCAAGCAAAACAAAGUAAUUAUCUUAUCGGUGUUUUCUAGAAUAUUUUGUAAUGAUUCUUUUGUGAGAUGCCCCUUUUUCCUCACCCACUGUUCCCUCAUCAUUUUUUUUUUUUUUUUUUGCAAUUGUGUAAAUUUGUAAAUGAGGGCUUGGUACAUAUUUCAUGGUUUUAAAUAAACAAAAACAAACUGA